CGCAGAUCUGCAUGCGCAGUGGUUUGGUGAGAGCUGUUGGACGGAUUUUUAACGUGUGGAAAAUUCAGAUAUUUGAGGAAAACUCGCCACGGAUUCACCGUCUUAAGGCACGGGUUCGGUUUCUUCGAGGAUUUUUAAUCUUCCUUAGGAUGACCUAAAGUGUUGGGUCAGACGUUCGACCACCGCCCAGCUGUAUCAAGAAGUUUGUCACAGAUCGUCUUGAAGUAAAACAGAAUCGGGGAAGGAAAACCCGGCCCGGUAUUUUUCCCGACAUCUACGGAACGCUUCCGUGACGGAAAAUGGUGCUGUCACAGAGACAACGAGAAGAACUGAAUAAAGCCAUAGCAGACUACCUGCGAUCAAAUGGCUACGAGACUGCUUUAGAAGCCUUCCAGAAAGAAGCUGAAAUGCCUGGUGAGAUUGAGAAGAAAUAUACUGGUCUACUGGAAAAGAAAUGGACCUCAGUCAUCAGGCUACAGAAGAAGGUUAUGGACCUUGAAGCGAAGCUGGCAGAAGCAGAGAAAGAAUUUCAGUCGGGAGGUCCGAACAAGAAGGAGCGUUCUCCGUCAGAAUGGAUCCCCAGACCGCCGGCGCGGUACAGCCUCAGUGGACAUCGCAGUCCCAUCACCAGAGUCCUCUUCCAUCCAGUCUACAGUGUUAUGGUCUCAGCCUCAGAAGAUGCCACCAUUAAGAUUUGGGAUUAUGAAACGGGCGACUUUGAGCGCACGUUGAAGGGGCACACGGACGCCGUACAAGACGUGUCGUUUGACCAGCAGGGAAAGCUGCUAGCCUCCUGUUCAGCAGACAUGACCAUCAAGUUAUGGGACUUCCAGACCUUCGAAAACAUUAAAACCAUGCAUGGACAUGACCACAAUGUGUCAUCAGUCCACUUCAUGCCCAACGGAGACUUCCUUGUCUCGGCCUCCAGAGAUAAAACCAUCAAGAUGUGGGAACUCGCUACAGGCUACUGUGUGAAGACGUUCACUGGCCACCGUGAGUGGGUCAGAACAGUCAGAGUAAACCAGGAUGGAUCUCUACUUGCAAGCUGCUCUAAUGAUCAGACCGUCCGUGUGUGGGUCGUGGCGAACAAGGAGUGUAAAGCGGAGCUGCGCGAACACGAGCACGUGGUGGAGUGUAUAGCCUGGGCCCCGGAGUCGUGCUCCACUCACGUGAACGAAGCCAUGGGUGCUGAGAAGAAGGGGCGGUCCGGCCCCUUCCUGCUCUCAGGAUCCCGCGACAAGACCAUCAAGAUGUGGGACAUCAGCACAGGGGUGUGCAUCAUGACACUGGUUGGACACGACAACUGGGUUCGAGGCGUGGUGUGGCACCCGGGUGGAAAGUAUAUCAUCAGUGCCUCGGACGACAAGACCAUCCGUGUCUGGGACUACAAGAACAAGCGCUGUCAGAAAACACUGGAGGCUCACCAGCACUUCUGCACCUCCAUCGACUUCCAUAAGUCCGCCCCGUUCGUGAUCACCGGCAGUGUGGAUCAAACGGUGAAAGUGUGGGAGUGCCGCUAACGCCGCGU